GUUAGAUUUGAAUGUGCGGCUCGCGGAGGGAACGCGCAGCGCCUCGCGCGACACUCACAGUGAGACCUCGACAACAACAACAUCAACAACAACAUCAUCAACAUCAUCAUCAACAACAACAUCAUCAACAACAUCACGAACAGUGGCAACAACAUCGUCAUCCUCAAGUGCGACACCAUCACCACGAUCAUCCCCAUCGGUGAAAUCUGCACCACCACCGCCACCAUCAUCACCACCAUCACCGCUACCACCAUCACCACUACCACCAGCACCACCACCAUCACCACCACCACCAGCACCACCGCCACCACCACCACCGCCACCACCAUCAUCACCGCCACCAGCACCACCACCAUCAUCACCGCCAACAUCAUCACCACCGCUACCACCAUCAUCACCGCCACCGCCGCCCUCGUGAUGCCUACGCCAGGGUGAGUGUGGGCCCGGCCCAGCCACGCAGUCGUCACAGUCCCUCGUGUGACAAGAGGCACAGCACUCGCGGCCACCAUCAGUGGCCUGCCGAUUGAUAUCAGGAGCGGCCCAGGGCAGCGCACGUGGCGCGGUGUAAAGGCACCGGGAGACACAAAGACGGCCCGGCCUGCUGGUGGGAGCUUCACCGCCGUCUUAAGGGCCAUGGGCGGGCAAACACAAUAGCAACGAGAGACAUUUACAUCCAGUUCGCUUCGCUUCCCCAGAGGCAUCUUCGCCACGCCGGUGCCGCCCGGGUGGAGCCAUGAAGUUAAAGGGACAAGGCUGUCUGCUGGACAUCACCAACUCCCCGGUCACUGCCUCCACCACACCACUCGGCACCAAGGUCUGGGGUCCGGGUUCCAAGGCGCCCGCAGGGCCCGGGCGGGCCGAGGAGCAAGCAUUCAUCACGGACGAGACCUUCGACUUUGACUUUGUGCUGUCGCCGACCAGUCAGGAGAGGGGGGACGAGGGGGACGUGGAGGAGGAGGAGGACGACGACGACGAGGUGUUCUUCGGGCCGAUGGGCCACCGGGAGAAGUGCAUCGUGGUGGGCAAGGGGCUGCAGCAGCAGGACCUGGGCCCCGAGCCACACUGGAGUCCCCUGAGCGGAGACAAGUUUGUGCAGGUCUGCAAGGAGGCGACGCUGCUGGCGCUGCACAUGGAGAAGGCGAGCAUCGCCGGGGAGGCCCCCGCGGCGGGUCACGUCGCUCGGUCGAGCAGAAGCAAGGCCAGGGCCAGGGUGGUGGAGAGGUUCGUGGAGGAGUCUUGCUCCAAGCUCAAGCUAACGGCCCAGCCCCAGCCUCGCACCCCCCGCCAGGAAACCUCUCUGCCGCGAGGACCGGCGCCCGGGACCGGCGAUUGUCCAGACUCUGACCGUCGAGUGGCCGGGGAUGGCGAGGAGGGGGAGGUGAGCGGAGCCAGCCCCGAAUCGGAACGGCCACAACCGCAGCCGUCGACCAACGCGACACGCGCCGGCGCUCUGCAACUACCGUCGUGCACCUCGGCAGUCACGGCAACGCAGGCGAGCGACGACGGCGGAGAGGAGAGGCCUCUCCUCAGCUGCCCCGUGUUGGAGGACGACACAUUGGACGCGCCGGCGCUGUCGAGCCUGCCCCUUCCCAGCCGCACCAAGCUGCGGCGAGCGCUGGGACUCAGGCCGCCGGCCCCCGUGGGAGGGACGCGGCCCCCGCCGGGGCAGCAGAAGGUCUCGUCCUCGUCCUCCUCUGGCUCGUGCUCCUCGCUGCUCGGCCUCGGCUCGAGCCGCCGAGCCUCCCCCCGCGGUUCCGCCGCCGCCGCCACCGGCGGCGGGCGCCUACGGGGCGCGCUUCGACUGCCGACGGGCCAUCCGGUCCAACCGGGGGGACUCCCCCGCCCGUUGUCCCUCUCCGGUCAGCAGGCGCCGGCGUCCAAGAGCCAUCCCGCGAGGAGGGCGACGUCCGCGCUUCCCAGCGGGCGCGCGGGCUCCGCGUCGGAGGGCUCGGCCAUCGCGGGCGGCGAGCGGGUGCCGACCGCGGGCCGGCCGGCCCGACGCGGGCCCCAACUGGACGGCGGGAGGGCGGCGGCGGGAGGGGAAGGCCGGGGGACGCCGGUUGCGCCGAGCGGAACCGGGAACGUCGCCCGCGCCGUCGGGACGGGCUCCGCUCGUCACCCCGCGACGCCCAGCAAGGAGGGGGGGCGCGGGUCGGCAGCCGCGUUGUCCGGUGACGCCGUCUCGGGGGAAGCGCGGGGCGUAUGCCGAGCGGGCAAACCGCGUGGCGUCGCAGCUGGCGUCGCAGCUGGCGGCAAACUCCCAGAGGCGGGGACGCCCGUGAAGCUGCUGCGGGGACAGAGGCUCUCGGCCCUCGGCUCGACGGACAGGCCACCGGCCGUGUUUGUGACUCCAUCAAAGCCGCCCCCCCGCUCCGCGAUGCCGACGCCUGUGGCGGGGUCACGGGGGGGGGCGGUGGUGCCGCCGGGGUCGACGCCGGCGUCCGCAACUCGCCGGCGCUCGUGUAUCCCGGCCAUCACGCCGAUCCGCACGCCGGCCUCGCUGAGACCCCGGCGCGACCCAGACGGCAUCGCCGCCGCCGUCGCCGUCGCCGUGCGAGCGGACGCCGAGGGGAAGGCCACGGACACGCGAGCUCCCUCCCAGCUCUUGUUCUCCCCGCCAGCCACGGAGAGUCUGCACGCAACCACGAGGGGGGGGGGGCGCCCCUCUUCGUGUCGCCGCAGCUCCCGUACCGGCGCCAGCGCACCGCUGAUUAGCCCCGUGGGGGUGGAGCGUCGCGUCGCGAAGGGAGCAGUCCCCGUUGAGGCGUCUUCGUCGAUCGUCUCCCUGAGCCCGGACAGCGACGUCCCCCUCCAGAACGUGGUCGUCAACCUGUUUGGAACCGCGACGGCGCUGGAGCAGCUGGAGUCGUUGCUUCCUGCGGAGACCUUUGCCUCGCAAGGGGAAGCGAGCGGUGACCUCCUGCGUGGGUUUGCGGCUGAGAAGUCGACCCAGGCGGAGGAGCGACCCCUCAUCGACCUCUCCGACAGCCCCGAGGCUCGAGAUGGAGGCGGCGGCGGCGGCAGUGGCAGUUCCAAGGAGCUCAUCGACCUGAGCUCCCCGCUCAUCAAUCUGGGUCAGAAGUCAUCGGCGGAGUGCCUCCUGAUCAACAUCGACUCCCCGCUGCUCAAGUUCUGAGCGUGCGGGCCAGGGCCCCACCGUCUCGACUCCCUCCUGCCCGCCCGCCUGCUACUGUACCCCCAUUGCGGCGGGCCUGGGCUGGAAUUGGCACUGUAUCCUGCUAGGUGGAAGAAAAAAAUCUGCAGUCUCUUAAAGGUGAAGAAAGUGUCUUAUUGAUGUUUAUAUUGGUGGUGUCUCCUUGUCUACUCAUCUCUCUAGCCGUGUUAUAAUGUCUUGCAUGUCAUUAUUUUAGUUGUGUGUUUAGUUUUUAAAAAAAGAGCCAAUUAAAG